CACUCAAUCACGAAUGCACAGGGAUUGCAGCAACAGCAGCAGCACAGCGAGAUGGAGAUCUCCGCUGCGUGUGUGAGUGCCUAUUCUCGGUGAGUGCAGAGACAAGAGGGAAUGAGUGUCAGUGGUGCUUGAAUGAGGUGUAAAAAAGGAGAGUAGAGUAAAAGGCAGAAAGGGGGAUAUCAGUGAGGACUAAAUGAGGUUUUUGAGGCUAUGUCUUUUCUGCUUUUUCCUUUUCUCAUCCUGAUAACCUGAAUCUUUUGCCGGAUGUGCCACAACUCCUCCAGCUGUCUCUGCGCCGGCUGCCUCUCUCUGUGUCCUCCCGCAGCCUUUGAAAGCUGCUCCAGUGGCUGGACGGCACCCUGGCACCCUCUGAAUACAUGGAUGAACACUGGCUCUACAGGGGAUCUGCGCCUUCUUGUCCUUUGCACCUCUGAUCUGUUUCUCAAGAAAAUAUGGUGAGCAAAGAAGACGCCAACUACAUUGUUCUUUCAAACUCAGAUGACUCCGAUUCAGAUACAGGCCCUUCACACAGCCUUGAUGCACAGUCCGGACCAGAAUCAGGCAAGCCACAGGUGAAGAAGAGAAACAAGGCUUUACAAGUUCGUUUUAGGGAUAUCUGUGAGGCCCAGAAUGAGUUUCGGGGAAAACGCUCCAGAUCCAUUUCCUCCAAAGUAACACAGAGAAAGUAUAUGACCAUGCCCGGCAGACGCUCUAUUCCAAACGUGACCAAGAGCACUGGGGUCCAGACUUCGCCGGACCUCAAUAAGCGAUACAAGACUUUCCCUUUCGAGAGGAAAAAAGGACAUACAUUCAAACAUACUGCUUUGGUGGAAGAUUAUAAAGGACAAAAUAAUGGUUUUUUGAGCGAUAUAAAGGCAGUAGUAGAUGAUGGACAACCCAUUGGCGAUUCCUCAAAGUACAAGGGUAAGAUUGUGGUGCAAACUAAAGCUUUGCUUCACCACACUGAUGACAGCAGUGAUACGGAGGAUUUGCUUUUGCGUGCCAACUGUCUGGAUGGACCCUCUCGUCCUGUCUCUUCACAUUUCUCGGAAGAGUGCCAUCAGGGUAGCCCUGCUUCAAAAAGAGAAACAGAGUACCAGGGUUGUGGGACAAGGACCAAACACAAAGGAUUACCCAAAGAAGAUACGGACGCUGGCACUUCCUCAAAGCGCCAGCUUGCUUACUCAGAGUUUUCCCAGGACAAGUCGAGGGGCGCGGGCCCUGUUGCGUGGAACUCUUUGACACAGGUGGAGUCUUUAGGAAGCCCGUCUGUGAGCUGUAAACGGAAAAAGGGUACACAGUUAAACGAACAGCAGUCACAGACGCUUCCCCAUAGUGCCAAAUGUUCAGUGCAGUCACAAGGGCAUAGUCGGACCAGGCAUGCAUCAGCCUCCUCUAAACUUCAGCAAACAGUUGGGGGGGACGAGGGCUUUCCUCCAAGAGACACACAAGCCCCAGGCAUGCGGAGCAGCCAGCAGAUAAUGCCCUUAUCUGAAGACAAGGAUAUCAAAGUGCAGCUGCAGGCGAUGGAGAGCCUUAUCAACUCCAGCCAAGAGACCAUCAAGGUGCUACUAGGAGUCAUUCAGGAGCUGGAGAAAGGGGAAGCGCAGAGAGGAGGGCUCACCUACCGAACAGGACAAGACACAGCAAAUUGUGACACUUGUCGAAACAGCGCAUGCAUCAUUUACAGUGUGGAGCUGGACUUUAAGCUGCAGGAGGAUAAAAUACAGCCCCUGAUUAAGAGACUUUACCCUCUGGAUAGCCAACAAUGCCCCGCUCUGCCUUACUCCAAUGAAGUGUUCACAUCCACCCCCAAGCGCAAGUCCAAGACAGAGUCCAAAAAGCAUUCUCGUUGGAAACUUUGGUUCCUUUGAAUAAUACAUGAAGGCUUUGGAAACAGCCUUUUUGUUGGGCACAUUAAUACCCCUGUUGUUCUCUAAAGGGAUGAGGGAAUAUUCAGAGGGAAUAAUCAACACAUGAGGAUGCAUAAGGACAGAAACCAGUUCAUUUGGGGAUCUAAGUUGAGACUGCACAUUAUGUCAGCUAGGGGACAGCAGAGACAAAUAACAAUUUAAGGUCUGCCAAACCUUUUCUUGGCUUGUUCGCUGAAGAAGAUGGACACACACCUGCAAAAAACUAGGUGAGCUUUGGGAUACAUAUGUUUCUUAGCUGUGUAAAGUUGGAUGUUAUUUCAAUACUGCACCUCUCACUUUAUAUGCGCGUCUUUUUAUUGCCUUCUCCAAUGCAAUGCACUUUUGAUCUUAUUCCUUUAGAGCAUAUUGCUUGGCCACAAGAGGAGGCGCCAUGUGGAGGGCCUUUUUUAAGUGAAGCUAUAACCUUUUGAAUGGACAUCAGCCCCACCUACGGCAAAGCACAAACAUUUGACUAUUGAGAAGAAAAUGCGUCAAAGACUGAAAUACCGUUCAGUACAUGGCAGUGUGUCAGCGCUGUUCUUAUUACCCUGUCUCUUCUCUCCUCUUCCUCCUUUUCUCUUGCUCAGUUUGUCUGUCCAACUGAAUGUCUGCCUGCAUUUGUUAAUAACCCCUGUUUCCUCCCUCUCUUUCAAUCUAUGUCCCUUUAUCUUUCUCUGCCUUUCUAUCUUUCUCUCCAUUUAGCUCACUGUGCAACUAAACAACUAGCCAGCCAACUUUGCCUCAGUCAUCCCGUCCUUUUCUGCUGGCUACACUGACACAUAAUGAUCAGAAUCUAUUUUAGAAUAUCUGCUUGUUUUUAGCAAAGUAUUGUGACAUUUUCAAAUGUAUGAGCACCUGCUCUUGAAGCAGGUCGAAUUGUUGAAAAAAAUAUCUUGAGUUAGGUCACAUUUUUACCAACAUAUAUAAUGUUUUGACUAAUUCCAAGGCAGAAUAUUUUCUAUUAUAUCUGAGAAAGUGUCUGGGUUUUUUGGAGUUUAUUCUUGAAUUUCAAACAAAAAGUAAAGGCUAUUUUGACAUAUCUAUAUAAGUCUGCUAAGAGUUUGCCUUGCCUAUCAGUCAUUCAUUGGGUCACAGUAAAGCUCUGAUGUGACGUCUUGAACCGAAUCUACUUCUGAGCAAUUUGCUUCAUGCCCAGUUGGCUUACACUUGAAGUGUGUUUUGUAAAAAUAAUUUAUCUUGCCAUUCCAUCUUGUGAAAUAGAACGUUUCUUUUCUUUUUCAAUUUGCAGAACACCAUUACAAAACACCAAACAUCUGUUUAACAACCCACACAAACAACUGCUCACUGAACUUGCAAGAGUAGAAGGGCUAUACAGUGCUAAUGGAGUAUGGUAGCAAUCUUACAGCAGAAAAGACUUGUAGCCACCAGCUUUGGUAAAGUAAAAAAAAAAACACUGAUGAUGUAGCAAUGGUACCGAACAAAGCAGGUAUUUACUGAAGUCUUAAAGUGAUUUUAUAACAGCAGCUCUUAUGUAGAUUAUGGUACUGUUUAAUGUCGGAGAAAUGUCAGGAAGACUCAUACUGGCCUCCCAUCGUUAGAACACGCAGUAGAUUGCAGCAUUCAGGUCACCAAUUUCCAUGCAAAGAUCUGUACCUUGAGAAAGUGCAAUUUAGUUAUUAUGUGAAAUAAUAUGCAUUUUUCUACUGUUUCUACAUCUCGAUUAAAACAUUUUCAACUGAAAGUGCAUCAGUGUGCUCCUAUGUCUAUGACAGCUAAAGGCAAUAGAGUUACUAAGUGAGGAGCUAUUUUGGGAGAUCAAGUCCUUUUCAUUCAUUUUUUCAUAAUCAAUGUUACGUGACUCACA